GAAGAGGCAGAGGGGGAAUACUCUGUGAAAUCCUGCCCAAGGUAUACGGUCGCUUAAAAGGCUUAAAAGCUUGGAGAAAAUUGGAUCAGGGAGAAUCGUCACCCAACUUUCAUUAUUUCCAAGUGGUGUGAUUGAAUUAAAGGGCAAGAUGGUGGUUGGAGAGGAGUGGGGUGGAUGGGUAGAGGGGUGGGCGGCGGCGGCGGAGGGGUGCGUAAUGGCGUGGUAUUAAAUUCUAAUUAGAGAUGCAGGGGAUCAAUGAUAGGGAGGUUGGACAGCCCGGGCCCCCAGUGCCAGCCCAAUAGACUGAUGAGUUAUUGUCAUGUAAAAAAGCGCCAGCAAUAAGACCAAACGCUUUGCUAUUGUCCAAGCGGAAAGAGCCAAGUUUAUUAUGAGGACUAUAUGCUCUAGAGACCUCGGGCUAGGCGGCUCUUAGGGGGCUUUUCAUAAAACAGGGCUAGGUUCUUAUAAAGGAGGCCAGUUUUGGAGCAGGCGUUGAGCAGUGAACAUCUACCCACCGUCCAGCUGCCUUCCAACCAGUCCAAACCAAACAAGUCAACUCUCCCCCAUCUCCGAGCGCGUCCUCUUUUUUUUACUGUCUUUUUUUCCCUUCCCGCCCGUUUUUGGGAACUUUUCUUUGAUCAUCUUUUCCAGGGAAGUGCAGAUUUCAGUCUCUACAGAGCCUUCUCAAAUGUAUAAAAUGGAGUAUUCUUACCUAAAUUCCUCUGCCUACGAGUCAUGUAUGGCCGGGAUGGACACGUCGAGCUUGGCAUCGGCCUAUGCGGACUUCAGUUCGUGCAGUCAAGCCAGUGGGUUUCAGUACAAUCCCAUCAGGACCACUUUCGGGGCCACCUCCGGCUGUCCGUCUCUAACGCCGGGGUCCUGCAGCCUGGGGACCCUGCGAGACCACCAGAGCAGCCCGUACGCCGCAGUUCCCUACAAACUUUUCACGGAUCACGGGGGACUGAACGAGAAGAGAAAGCAGAGGCGCAUCCGGACCACCUUCACCAGCGCUCAGCUGAAGGAGCUGGAGCGGGUUUUUGCUGAGACACACUACCCGGACAUCUACACCAGAGAGGAGCUGGCUCUCAAAAUCGAUCUGACUGAGGCCAGAGUGCAGGUGUGGUUCCAAAACCGCCGCGCCAAAUUCCGCAAGCAGGAGCGCGCAGCUGCAGCGGCCGCCGCGGCCGCCAAGUCCAGCUCUGGAAAGAAGUCCGACUCCAGGGACGAAGACAGCAAAGACGCCAAGACAACCGACCCCGACAGCACAGGAGGACCGGGACCGAACCCGGUCCCCACCUCCAACUGCAGCGGGCCGAGCCCCACUACCGGACAAGUCAACACCACCGGAAGCGGACAGUUGGAGCAAGCAAAACCCUCCGUUUCCACUGGCAUGGGAGUGACAGCACAGAGCCAAGGCUGGGCCACAGCACCUGGUACCAUCACAUCCAUCCCGGACUCUUUGGGGGGGCCCUUCGCAAGCGUACUGUCGUCUUUGCAAAGACAGAACGGGGCCAAAGCGACGCUAGUGAAGACCAGCAUGUUCUAAUGCCGCGUCACAUCACAGAGGGGGAGACACAGACACAUUUCCUUCCUUCUCCUGAGACUGAAAAAGCAAUCGCCCAAGUUACACUGAGGGGCAAUAAAGCAACGUCAGAAAAAGACCAAUACGUUUAUUUUAUUUUUUGCCUUGCGAUGGUUCUUGUGAUCAACAGUUUUCCUGUAAAAAUAUUCCAUCAUAGCGAGUCAUGCUGUCAUAAGAACAAAGUCCACAUCUCCCUAAAGAGCCAGUGUUUUCUGUUUUCUCCGAGAUGAAGACAGGUGUGGAAAGACGGUUUAAAACGUGCUUGAGAGCCACACGGAUCACGUGACUGACCAGACAGCGGUGGGCGGUUCAAGGCCGUCGCUGCAGCAGGAGCGCCGCGCGCCCCGCUGCCGCGCGCUGCGCUGCCGCGUGGACGUCCCUCCAGGCUCACCUUUCCCUUCCACAGCUGCUCCGUUUAGUUUCUUUCAAUUAUCGAUAUAAAGACGUUUAUUUCCGCGAGGAAAAAUGGCACAAACUCCUGCAAUGUUCGCCCGACAUGAACUCUGUUUGUUUUGUGUGUCUUUCUACGGCAGUGUUCUGUGGCUCAAACUGUAUAGUGUUAGUAUAAGUGUCUCCUGUAGUUGAACCAUAGACCAUACUCCCUCCUAGAGCGACCAUAAAGUCUUUUUGAUGUUUUACCUAAUUCCCUUGAAGACUUUCUUUUAGCUUUUAAAAAGGAGAGAGGACCCGAACUUUGUAUUUAUUUCUAUAUGAUUUGCAUGUUGUCUCUUUGUCUGAUUUUACUGAGUUUCUUUCCAUUUUGUGAGCAUUAUGUAACAUUCUUUGUCCACGAUCCGACACUUAUUUAUAUGUAGGUAAUGAAUGCUUAUAUUUAAGAAGGAAAUAUUUCUACAUGUGCACAUAGUUUUCCAGGUGUACCAUUGAAAUGAUUGUUGAUGAUAAAAAAUGAAUAAUUCCGCC